UACCAGACCGCGUUAACCAACCAGCUGUUAUAGCGACGGUACAAAAAGCACAGAACUUUUUUAAAAAAUUUAAAAAUUCCCAGCUAACUUGCUGAGUUUCCGUUAGCUGCUUCGAGGGCAGACAGAGUUUGAUGGAUGCUUGAAUCCGCAGCGGCCAAAGCAGACAAACGCCCGCGCACAUUAACCGCCAGCAGUCAGCACGAAAUUAUAUAAUUCCCCCUCGCUGCGGCCAGACACAUGAAUCUAUAUAGCGGCUCCGUGCGACGUCUGCUCGACAGUUGGCCCGGCAAGCGACGCUUUGGCAUCUACCGCUUCCUGCCGCUCUUCUUUGUGCUGGGCGCCGCCCUUGAGUUCUCCAUGAUCAACUGGACGGUGGGCGAAACGAAUUUCUAUAGUACUUUUAAGCGUCGCCAGGCCAAGAAUUACGUGGAGGAGCAGCAGCAUCAUCAGCAGCAACAGCAGCAGCAGCAGCAGCAGUAGUCGCAUA